CUUUUAAGACCCGUCCACACGCCUCCGUCCGCCAUUUUGCCUCCCAAGAUGGCGGCGCCCGAUCUGGAGCGGCUCCUGGCCGCGUUGCUGGAGCCCGACAGCGCCGUUCUCCGGCAGGCCACCACCCGCCUCCGCGAGGCCUUCGCCGACCCCCAAACCCCCGCGCGCCUGGGCCUGCUUCUCAGCGCCGCGCCGCAACCACAGAUCAGGCAAUUGGCCGCGGUGCUGCUGCGGCGGCGGCUCCUGGGGAAGUGGCGGGGGCUGGACUCGAACCUGCGGCUCCGGCUGCCGGCGCUGGUGGCCGAGGCGCUGGAGCGAGAGACGGAGUGAGUUUUUGGG